GGUCCUAGAAACUUUGUUGUAACUUUGUGAUCUGUAAAAUCGCCAGUAAAAAUUAUUAGAAUGUUUUUCGUUUUUUUCACCGCGUCCAUCAAUUCACCAGCCUCUGAAAACAUGAAAAGAUAAAGGAUGAAUGUGUGUUGGUGAAUUUGAAUGCGCUGUGUUCUUUUUGAAAGGGAAAGGGGGAGUAUUGUUUUCUAUGUUGCUUCCGGGACUAGGCUGUCGGUUCCUUACUUUGAAGUGCGCUGUUUUACGCUGAGCCCAGAACGUAUUGGACUAGCCUACAGGAGAGACCUACGGUAUGGCAUGGCAGACUGAAACAUUUGCAAAGAAAAGGGGGAAACUAAGCAGGAUUUUUUUCCCCCUGGAAAACUACAUUUUUCUUUCUGCAGCUAACACGAAAAAAAUCGGACUGUGAAAGGGUCUGUCGUGGAAUCGACUAUUGUGGAUUAUUUUUCUGUGGAUAAAAAAACGGAUACUUUUGGAAGACCGAACUCGUGGAUCGAUGAGAGAAGACUGGCAGAGAAGCUCCCCGGCUGACUAUAGAGAGUGAGGAGAUUGUUGUUGCGCUUAGAGGCGAACAACGCACAGGAUUUCUGUUGCUGCUGCCUUCGGAGCCAUGAGCAGAGCGCUUAUAUCGGACCAUAUCGCCAAUAGCUUCCGAGAAGAUGCUCCCCGUCCCCCGGUCCCGGGGGAGGAGGGCGAGGUGCUGCCGUGCUACCCCGGCAAACUCGCCAUGAUGAGACCCCAGGGUACCGCGGUCAAAGCGCUUUUGCUUGCGCCUCCCGGUUACAUUGCGAAGAGGAACGAGGAUGGACUUGGGGAACCCGAGGGGAGCGCGUCACCGGAUUCGCCGCUAGCCCGGUGGACCAAGUCGUUGCAUUCUCUUCUUGGGGACCAAGACGGUGCUCAUCUUUUUAGGACAUUCCUGGAGCGCGAGAAAUGCGUCGACACUUUAGACUUUUGGUUCGCCUGUAAUGGUUUCAGGCAGAUGGACCUCAAGGAUACCAAAACGCUGCGAGUCGCCAAAGCUAUUUACAAGCGCUAUAUUGACACCAGCAGCAUAGUUGCCAAGCAGCUCAAGCCUGCGACCAAAACCUUCAUUCGGGAUAAUAUCAAGAAGCAACAGAUUGAUUCGGCUAUGUUCGACCAGGCACAGACUGAGAUCCAGACCAGCAUGGAGGAGAGCCCCUACCAGAUGUUCUUGACCUCGGACAUUUACCUCGAGUAUGUGAGGAGCGGGGGCGAGAACCCUGCUCAUGUGAACCCUAACGGGCUAGGUAGCCUGAAGCUGGUGUGUGGGUACCUGCCCACCCUGAAUGAGGAAGAGGAGUGGAGUUGUAAUGAUUUCAAAGCCAAAGCGCUGGCUUCUGUGGUUGGACUUUCUGCCCAGGCGCUGAGGGCAACAGUGUCUAUGAGGACGGUGGAGGUGAUGGAGAAGGGGUACAGGUCCCACAGGCGAGGGGACCCGGUCAACCCGUACCAUGUGGGCUCAUGCCCAGCCACCAGCACCAACGACAGCGAGGUGUCCAGCGACGCCAUGACAGACGACUCCAUGUCCAUGACUGACAGCAGUGUAGAAGGCAUCCCUCCCUACAAGCUGGGCUCCAAGAAGCACAUGCAGAGAGAGAUGCAGCGCAACAUGAGGAUGAACAGCCAAGUCUCUCUACCUGCCUUCCCUCGGACACAGAGAUGUCCUAAGGAGAUGACUCCGGUAGAGCCGGCAGCGUUUGCGUCUCAGCUCAUCUCUCGUCUGGAGCGUCUGAAAAGAGAACAGGAGACCAUGAGUUCCCUGGAGGAGAGGCUGCAGCAGAUGCAAGAGGAGGAGGAGAGGGACGAGGCUGAGGUGCCCGGCAGUAGUGCCCCCCUGCUCUCCCCCCACCCCCUGUCCCUCCAGCCCACCGGCCCCAACGACGAGGACCCCCAGGCCAUUCUGGACGACCACCUGUCCCGUGUCCUAAAGACCCCUGGCUGCCAGUCCCCCUCCACCGUGGCCCGCCAUUCACCCCGCUCCCGCUCUCCAGAGCACAGGACUCUUUCCCGGGGAGGCCCCGGUCUCAAGCCCCUGGUCUCACCAGGGGCCUCCAGCCCCAGUGGCACCUCCAGCUUAGGGGGCUUCUCAGUAGGUUUCACCCCAGGAAGGGCCCUCUCCCUGGGCAGGCCCAGCAGCAGCACCAAGCACAUCCACCACCACUACAUCCACCACCAUGCCGGUUCCAAGAGCAAGGAGCAGAUGGAGAGAGAGGCAGCCCAGAGGGUGUUGUGUCUGUGUCCGGUGCGGUCUGCAGGGGCGGAGGGGGGUCCCCCUUACCCACGCAGUCGCAGCCUGGGCAGGGAGAUGGUGUCCUGUGGCAGCAGUUCCGCAGAGUCCAAUAUGGGGCGCUCCAGUUCCCUUUCCCGAGGGGGUUGUCGGUCGGGGGCUGAGGAGGGGGCAGCAGAGGGGGGUGAGGUCGUGCCCCUCCAGCGACCCAGUGACAGCACAGACCGCUCCCAGAACGUGUGGCAGUGGAUCCUGGAGAGUGACCGGCAGGGCAAGCACCACAAACCCCACAGUACCCAGAGCACUAAGAAGGCAUAUGGCGGCGGAGCGGCGUCCAACCAGACACACACGUGGGGUGGCGGAGGUGCCAGCGCCCAUCUCCGUGCCCACCAGCCCGCCCAUCCCUUCAUCCAGGACCCGGCCAUGCCCCCGCCCCCGCCCAACACCCUGUCCCAGCUGGAGGAGGCCUGUCGCAGACUAGAGGAGGCCUCCGUCUCCAAACCCCCCAAACAGAGCAGACACUCUACAUCCAGCCUCCAGAGAGAGAAGUGCCACCCUAUGCCUGUCCAGAGUGGGCCCUGUCCAGUGCCGUCCCCCCUCACCCCCGGUCCCGGCUCCGGUCCUGCUGCUUCUCUCCAAACAGAAGAACUGAGAGACACCAACAGGGUGCUGCAGGUGACGACAGGCUGCCAUGUUGCUCCAGCCAUGGGGAGUGAGACAGAGGUAACCUACUUCUUCUGUGGUGAGGAGAUCCCCUACCGUAGGUGGAUGAAGACACACAGCCUCACACUGGGACACUUUAAAGAACAGCUCCGCAAGAAGGGACACUACAGGUACUACUUCAAGAGGGCCAGUGAUGAGUUUAAGUGUGGAGCUGUGUUCGAGGAGGUGUUGGAUGACAGCUCUGUUCUGCCCAGGUACCAGGGGAAGAUCCUGGGCAAGGUGGAGAGGAUGGACUGAUACCCCUCCAGAAGUACCAGAGGAAUGUAUAACAGAAACGCUCCAUGGACACCACCCCCCUGUUCCACCAGAGUCUUAAAGCUAAGGACUGAUAACUGGAGAUUCUGUUGAAGAAGCUUGGCCAAUGAAGGAUGGAGAGUGGAGUCGAGGAGUCGUGGAGUAGUGGAGUCGUGGAGUAGUGGAGUCGAGGAGUAGUGGAGUCGAGGAGUAGUGGAGUCGAGGAGUAGCCAUCAACAGUUGACUUUACAGGACUAUUUAACAACAUCUCGUCUUGGAGAUGAAAGAGAAAAUGGUGGACUGUGGGUUGGGUUUGGAUACGGGUGUUGGAUUCCAGAAACUAUACGUGAAUUGAAUGACCACUGUCUGAGGGAGUAGGCGGGGACCUCUGAUACCUGAGAGACUGCUAGAGGUGAAAGGUUGAGAGGUGAAAGUUGGGACUGGUGCCCUAUCUGAGCCUGCCUCUACCAACAACCCUAGAUGUAUAUGCAGAUGGACAUAUAAUGAUUUUUUUGAUAAAUGUAAAGAGUUUAUAAAUAAUUUAUUGAAAUGUCACUCCCCUCCCCAUAGUCCUGUGGAUGGACAAGCUGCUUGGAGAAUUGGGAGAUGUCGCCUCCAAUAUUUCAAAUGCAAAGUAUUUAGUUUUCCACCCUCCACUUUCCUGCCUUGUCAACUAAUCCUGUGGCAGUGUUUUCUGUUCUGAUCAGUGACUUCCUGCCCUAACUUCACAGUGUGGUAUAGCGCAGGUACCACAGCCCUGUAGUCUCAUCUCUCAGUGCCUUUGUUUUGUUGCCCAGGCUUUGCACAGGGAACGAGCCCACACUUAGGACAACACUACCCCCGAACUGGCCCUAAACUGGCCCAGAGCACCAAACUACCCCCGAACUGGCCCAGAGCACCAAACUACCCCCGAACUGGCCCUAAACUGGCCCAGAGCACCAAACUACCCCUAAACUGGCCCAGAGCACCAAACUACCCCAAAUUGCAGAAACAUGCUAACACAGAUUUACACCUGUUAAAGACAAGGCCACCAAAUGAAUCUAUACCAGCCAAGCUCAACAGUUGUUUUGUGUAUAGCCACCCCUCAUUCCUUGAUGUCCAGGCUUGUGGGCAGAACGACAGAUCUAGGGGUGUAUUCAUUAGGCCGAACAGAAGGAAACUGACAAACGGGGAGGGACUACCUUUCCUGGAUCAGUCCAAUAAGAAAUGCACAUUUUCAUUUUGUUUAGCAAAACCAGUUCUGAUACGUGUCCUUAAGAGUAUGUCUGCCUUCGGGAGACUAGUCCCCCCCCCCUCCAAAAAAAUGUUUUGUCCCCCCACAAAUGUUAGUGGUACUUCCACCUCUGAAAGUGUUGAAUUGACCAGUCUCUCCUGUGUGACUUGACCCUUGACAGAGGAAGAGGUUAUGAUGCUAACACACACUACGAUGCUGCGUCUGAAAUGGAACCCUAUUCCCUAUGACCAGGGCAUGAGUAGUGCACUCCAUAGGGAAUAGGGUGGCGUUUGAGAGGAAGCCGUAGUGUUUAACUGAGUACAGUAGCUGUGCCUACAUGGGUCCCUUUACCGUGUUACUACCCUGUUAUCGGGGUAUGAUACUCCCUUGGUUUUCACAAGGGGCUUAUGUUCAAAAGACAUUUUAUUACUAUGCCUUUUUACCAUCUCCUUGUAAUCAUGUUUGUUUUAUAUUUUUCAUGGCUUUUUUUUGUUUUAGUUCCACUUGUAUUAAAACUGUAAAUGAUGCAUUCUAUUCUGUAGAGCUCCAUUGGAAAGAUGCCUCGGUACUUUAAUUAAUGUAAUUAUUAUUAUAAAGAGAUGUAGCCUUUAUUAAAAAGUUAUAUUUUUCAAAUGAAA